AAGAGCAGGAACUUCCCUGGCUCUCUCUCACUCUUUCUGUUCUGCCUUCUCGCAAGCACAUCUGACGUGCUGCCCACAGUCCAGGCCUGGCUCUACACCCAUGAAAAGUUGCCAAGUAUAAAAGCUUCCCAAGCAUGAGAUGGAUGCUGGGAUGUCUUCACCUGAGAAGCAGGAUAAAGACAAUUUAGUGGGCAUCAACAAAAAACAGCUGGGUGUCUGUGGCUGGAUCCUCUUUUCCAUCUCUUUCCUGUUGAUGAUCAUUACCUUCCCCAUCUCCAUAUGGAUGUGCUUGAAGAUCAUUAAGGAGUACGAGCGCGCUGUUGUAUUCCGACUGGGACGCAUCCAAGCCAACAAAGCCAAGGGACCAGGUCUGAUCCUGGUCCUGCCAUGCAUAGAUGUGUUUGUCAAAGUUGAUCUCCGAACAGUUACUUGCAACAUUCCUCCACAAGAGAUCCUCACCAGAGACUCUGUGACUACUCAGGUGGAUGGAGUUGUCUACUACAGAAUCUACAGUGCUGUCUCAGCGGUGGCUAAUGUCAACGAUGUUCACCAAGCCACGUUUCUGCUGGCUCAAACCACUCUGAGAAAUGUCUUAGGGACACAGACCUUGUCUCAGAUCUUAGCAGGGCGCGAAGAGAUUGCCCACAGCAUCCAGACCUUGCUUGAUGAUGCCACGGAGCUGUGGGGGAUCCGGGUGGCCCGAGUGGAAAUCAAAGAUGUCCGGAUUCCUGUGCAGUUGCAGAGAUCCAUGGCUGCUGAGGCCGAGGCCACACGGGAAGCCAGAGCCAGGGUCCUGGCAGCAGAAGGGGAAAUGAAUGCUUCUAAAUCUCUGAAGUCGGCCUCUAUGGUGCUGUCCGAGUCCCCCAUAGCCCUUCAGCUGCGUUACCUGCAGACCUUAACCACUGUAGCCACCGAGAAGAAUUCUACUAUUGUAUUUCCUCUGCCCAUGAACAUACUGGAGGGCAUUGGUGGUAUCAGCUAUGACAAUAACCACAAGAAGGUUAAUGACAGAGCCUGAGGUCCUCCUGAGGU